CAGGAAGUUGAAUGAUCAGCUGAUCCCGCUGGCUGUUGUUGAUGCCUGAAGUUGCUGUUGUUUGGACACUGUGUUGCUCUUAUCUGCUCCUGACAUUGAAGACGCAUUAACCCCGAUAAAGGGACACGGUGGGCAUUUACCGGCUGUCGAGCGUAUGCGUAACAAGGGAAGCGUCUCACAGCGAGGACUCUGAAUUUGCGCACUAGCGGCAGAAGAGCUAGCUCCAAAAGCUCGAACCAUCGGCAGAAAAGAAGAAAGACAAACAGCCGAACACAGGCGACGGCUUUGGCGUGCUUUCUUUGUUUAUGUCGUGCCAGUCCGAACCGCUACAUCGCUUUUCUUUGUCUUGAACUGAGGUUGUUUUUUUCCUGCACGUACGUUAUUUAUAUUUAUACUUCGGUUACCAUUACGCGGAGGGCAGCUAGCUCGUCAGCUAACGUUAGCUACCGCCGCGCAGAGAAACAGUGUUGUUGUGAAGCUUUGAAGCUUUCGUAACCGGCCGACGGUGGCACAUACCGACCGCUCACAGCGACAGGAGCCGGCUCUGUGUGCGUGUUUGUCCCCGGUGCUCUGUCGGUCUGUGGGAGACACAGGACACAACACUGGAGCCGAACAAGUUGAUGUUGUCUCGUUAAACCGAAGACGUGUGAGCCAGUUUGACUCAUCUGUUUGUUUGUCCCUGACUUCGAAUCGACUGAAUUCAUUAGUUUUUUUUAUCCUCAUCGAUUUAAGAGCACACGAACAAGCGAUCGGUUCACUGACAGCUGGCCUUGUACGUUUUUAGGUUGGCUGGCAGGUUGCGUAAUUUGUUUGCGAGCAAGCUGUCAGCCCUCGCUGUGUAACUUGUUAAACUGUUAUUUAAAACCUAUGUAUGUCUGUGAGCCUUAGGUGAUCCGUGUGUUCAGCCUUAGGUAGAGUUGUGGAUGUCGUUGUAGGUAUUUAAUCCAUUUUAUCUGGUACCGCUUUAAUGUGUAGAACAUAUGACAUGUGAUAAAGUGGCCACUCUUGACUGCGAUCCACUGGUUGAGAAGCUGUUCGAGGCUCACACUCGUGAGUUUGGUCGCUUUAGAAAAAGAAGUAGAUAGAGUUAUGAAUUAAAGUAGCCCUCUGAAAGUGUUGUGAUCAGGGAGAGACAGGCGAACAGAAAGGGUCCCUCAGAGGGUCCCAUUGUGUCUUGAGGUGAGCUGCCCCCAACUACUUGCCAAUGCUGGAUCUGGAGGUGGUGCCUGAGAGAUCACUAGGAAAUGAGCAAUGGGAAUUCGCCUUAGGGAUGCCAUUGGCCCAGGCCAUCUCUAUUCUGCAGAAACACUGCCGCAUUAUCAAAAACGUCCAGGUGCUAUACAGUGAACAGACGCCACUCAGCCAUGACCUCAUACUGAAUUUGACUCAGGAUGGGAUUAAACUGCUGUUUGAUGCCACAAACCAGAGACUCAAGGUGAUUGAAGUGUAUGACCUGAGCAAAGUCAAGUUAAAAUACUGUGGAGUCCAUUUCAACUCUCAGGCCAUUGCCCCCACAAUAGAGCAAAUAGACCAGUCAUUUGGAGCUACGCACCCUGGAGUUUACAAUGCUGCAGAGCAGUUGUUCCAUCUCAACUUUCGAGGACUGUCUUUCUCCUUCCAACUGGACUCAUGGAACGAAGCUCCAAAAUACGAGCCUAACUUUGCCAUGGGUUUGGCCUCCCUGCAGAUUCCACACGGGGCCAUGGUCAAGAGGAUGCACAUAUACACUGGCAACAAUCUGCAAGAAACAAGAGCUCCGGUGAUGCCGUUGGCUUGUUUCCUUGGUAACAUCUUUGCAGAGUGCGUUGACGUCCUGAGAGACCGGGCAGGACCUCUGGGGCUCAAACUCCGCCUCCUCACUGCAGGUUGUGGUCCAGGUGUGAUGGCUGAUUCUAAAGUGAGGUCCCUAGAAAGGAACAUCUACUUUGGCGAUUCCUGUCAGGAUGUACUGGGUGCUCUGGGCUCGCCACAUAAAGUCUUUUACAAGUCUGAGGACAAGAUGAAGAUCCACUCUCCAUCACCUCACAAGCAGGUUCCUUCUAAAUGUAACGACUACUUCUUCAACUACUUCACCCUCGGAGUGGAUAUCCUGUUUGACUCUACAAGUCACCUGGUUAAGAAGUUUGUCCUCCAUACCAACUUCCCCGGACAUUACAACUUCAAUAUAUACCAUCGAUGUGACUUUAAGAUUCCACUAGUCAUUAAGAAAGAAGGAGCCGAUUCUCAGACGGAGGACUGCAUCUUAACCACCUACAGCAAGUGGGAUCAGAUUCAGGAACUACUGGGUCACCCCAUGGAAAAGCCUGUAGUGCUGCACAGGUCCUCAUCAGCCAAUAACACCAACCCCUUCGGCUCUACCUUCUGCUUUGGACUGCAGAGGAUGAUCUUUGAGGUGAUGCAGAAUAACCACAUAGCAUCAGUGACCCUCUAUGGUGCCCCACGGACCGCCAGUCAAGCCCGACCUGAGUCUAGUAGUAGUUCCCACUGAGCAAGUAACCAGAACCACAUCCCAUUCUGGCCUGUCCUGAAUCUAGUACCUCUACUGACUGAACCUCUAACCCAGAGCCAGAUUCUUAACCAAGCAGACCUAACCCAGAGCAACAAAGUUAUUCUUAGCCCAGCUCAGACGCUACUCGUUCAACAGAAACACAACCAGAACUCAGAAUAAAUAUAAAAAUCAGCUUCUCCUGGUGCGUCCUGAGACUCGAGACUCUUCCAGUCGGACACACCCAGUCGGCACAGUUAACCCAACCCAGACUAUACCAGGAACCAGGACCUUGUGAUGUGGCCACAGUGUAGGAGCACUAAUGUUUUGAAAGGGUUUCUUGGUUGUGUGGGAAUAUCACGGAGGUGCUGCAGACUGACAUGGUGAAGAAUCCUGUUUGCUGUUUCCAUCCUGUGACUGCAUUUGCCAAGGACCACAGAAGAAGAGUUUGUUGGCAGCCUGUAUAUGGCAAGAACCAAGAUGAUCAGCAAUUAAAUAUCAUCUGCAACAAAUCACAGUGUUUACAGUUUUUCACAAUAGCUAAGACAAACCUACAGCCCCUUUCUCUUCUGGCAAAAUCAAAAUUUUUUAUCACCACAUCAAAAAAUAGAAAACAGUGUUCAUGGCAUGAAACAGAAAAACAUUGCUACUGAGUAUGUUACAUAAAUGCAUUUUGCAUGUAUAUUCACAACUCAGUACAGAACAUAUCACAUACUGUAAGAACUGCAAGUAUUACAGUGCUGUAAUGCAGAUGAGAAAUUCAUUCGGCCUCAGCAUCACGUCUUUUGUGUUUGCUCAAGCCAGAUGACUUUGUCUACAUCACAGGCGAUGUUGCCAGGCAACGGGGGAAGAACCCUCUGGUGUGCUGGAUCCAGCCUCGACAAGACUCCACACCUCGAGUGAAUGAUUGGAUAAAGGGGUCUGGGGCUCUGAGCGUUUCAGAGAAUGGGGUCAGGUGUUUUAGCAAUUGUAAAAACUGUAACGUCCAACAUAAAGUUGUGUAUUUGACAUCGUCGCCAAUGAAAACUGCUGUGGCCAAAGUCUUGACUGAAUACACAUCAACCAACCACACUGCCAGCCCAACCAGUACGGCCUGUCUUCCUGCCGCAACUUCAGAACCAGACCCGACUGGCUCAAUCAAAACCCGGACGCAUCCAAACCGCAAAGAACCAAACCGGCCCAGUCCAACCAAGAGCCAUCAGAGCCAAACGCAUUGGAAGCUGCAGAGGACUGUAACCAAAAAGUCCAGAUUUUGUCGUACAAGAGAAGAAAACCAAACGCACUCAGGGGUGUGGAGAGACGUGUGGGCCCAGAACACGCCCGCAGCGCCAGGGGGACGAGAUAUGACGCCUCGCAAAGCCGAAUGAUCCAAACAUCCAGCAUCAGCUCCCUUCCUACUCACUCUUCCUCCACCUUUCUUCAGUGGUGCCCCCCCCUCCCACACACCCUCCCCUACACACACACACACACACACACACACACGCACACACACUGAAGCACACAGCA